GAUCCGAAUGCCAAAUGGCGCAGUGCGCCUGAGCAAGAAAGAGAGGAAGUAGCGGCUGAAGCAGGUCCGCACCUUUUCCGGUAACACCGACAGCAGUAGCAGCAGCACGACCGGGGCUGAAAGAAAGAGGGACCGGAGAGGAAAGAGGGGACAGAACCGACCGGGGGUGCGAGAGAGGGGGGCUGUUAUACGAGGGACAGAAGAGAGGAAACUCGGGAUGAAUCGCUGACCUUUGGAGUUUUUUGGAACAGAAGUGUGUCGGAAGGGAAUGAGCGCGAGCGAGCGGCGACCCGACAGUCGGUACACAAGAAGGAAGUCAGAUAGGAGAGGCCUGUGACAGAUCUGUACUUUUUAUGCAUUUUGCAUCCUAGUGCAUUAGAUUCAUUCUUUUCUUAUUUUAAAGCAAACAAAGUUUAGACAUUCCGUGACCGAACGCAAAGCUGCCGGACCAAAAACACACUUUCCUCCUCUUGCAACCAACAUACUAUAUGCACAGCCAACAAAAUGGGGAAGAUGCUUUCGAAGAUCUUUGGCAGCAAGGAGAUGAGAAUAUUGAUGCUUGGACUUGAUGCUGCUGGAAAGACGACAAUCCUUUACAAACUCAAACUGGGACAGUCGGUCACGACCAUCCCGACGGUGGGCUUCAACGUGGAAACCGUCACCUACAAGAACGUCAAGUUCAACGUCUGGGACGUCGGCGGUCAGGACAAGAUCCGGCCCCUGUGGCGGCACUAUUACACCGGCACCCAAGGACUCAUCUUCGUAGUGGACUGUGCGGAUCGAGAUCGGAUCGACGAGGCCAGACAGGAGCUGCAUCGCAUCAUCAACGACCGCGAGAUGCGGGACGCCAUCAUCCUGAUCUUCGCCAACAAGCAAGACCUGCCGGACGCCAUGAAACCGCACGAGAUCCAGGAGAAGCUCGGCCUGACCCGGAUCAGAGAUCGCAAUUGGUACGUUCAGCCGUCCUGCGCUACGACGGGCGACGGACUCUACGAAGGGCUCACCUGGCUCACGUCGAAUUACAAAUCCUAAUGCGGGGCGAAGACUAGAAGCAAUUAACCAAUAACUGUUCUACUUUUCUUUCGUACGUCCAUUCUUUGCUUUCAGCACUCUGUAUAGUCCUUCUGUUACGUUUGAAUCUCCGUAAAGUAUUACUUUCAGAAGCUGUGGGAAGGGUUUUUUUGUCUGAAGAUCCAGUUGUUAUAGUCCAAAAAUGGCAGCUUGUUUGUUUACCUCUGUGCCAUCGCGUAUAUCGAAUGUAUGGAGAAUAGCUGCAGUGCAGAGCAUUCAAAUAAACACACAAAACCAAGCAGAAAGAAUUUGUUUUCCAUGAAGAAACUGAGCGUUUGAUUGCAUUUACAUGUUUAAAUCCAGGAGAUUUAUGGGUAAUUGAACCAGCUUUAUCUUCUUGAGUGUUUCUGAACUAAUCCGUCAUCCAUUAUAACCCGUGUUUGUCCAGGUUCUGGUACCGUAAACUGCACAAAUCACACCAAACCUCUUUUGUCUUCUGCUAAAUUAAUGCUUUGUUUUAUUAUUUUUGACUUAUAUGAUAUGCUGAAGAAAUAAUAAAAUCUAUCUAUAUAUAUCUAUACAUAUAUAUCAAGAAUAAUGUGAUCGUAUCUUCAUAUCUGUGGCGUUUUUCACAAUGCAUAUUGUUUGACAGAAAAUGCCCAAUGUUAUAAUUUAGGAAGUAUUCCAUUGUCGCCAUGUGAAGAAUGCAGAAUGUCGUGAAUCUCCAACGUAAGGCCGUGUGUUUUGGCCUGUUUUCGUAUGUAUAUCUGACCCUGUGAGGUGAAUUAAUGAUGACUUCUUUGGUUUCAGGCUCAAAUGAUCCUCCAUUUCCCUCUGUUUUCACUCACACGGAGCACGUAUGAAAAGAGUGUUAAAGUUCAUCAUAGAUUAGAAUUGCUUCAGGCAGCAUUCAUCAAUGUUUGUUGAAGCACAUUUCAGUUCAUGUCCUCCAGAACGCAGGAGUUCCUGUAAUGCUGCUGUUUUACAAUCCAUUUGAAUAACAAACAUUUCAAGGUUUAAUUGAAUGCAGUUUCCUGGUACACAUCGCUGAUGAUUUCAUAACUCAUAUUUGAAUGUCUAAUGCACACCUGAUCAAAACAUGUUCUGCUCACAUUUGACUCCGAAAUUAAAAGGGAAAAAUAAGAAA